AUGAAGGUUAGUUCUGAUAGUAGUUUUAGUGGUGAUUCUGGUAGUGGCUCUAGUAGUAAUUCUGAUAGUAAUUCUGGUAGUUGCUCUGGUCAUAGAUUAGGUAGUAAUCCUAAUAUUGAUUUUGAUGUCAGCUCUGAUG